AUGAAGACAACUUCGUCAUCUUUGUUACUUUUAGAAUUGUUUUUUGUGAUUGAGUGCGUAAAUUACCAUUAGUUGAGUUAAUAUUAUCCACCUCAAGACAACAACAUCAGGAAUAGUACUGUUGUGUAAUUUACUUUGGUCUGACUGAAUGUCAUGUUUGUUUAAAAUUACUUCGCCAAUGAACUCAUAAGAUAAGUCGUUUUUUAAGUUGUUUACAACAUUCGCGUCCGUGUUGUAUCAGAUAUACAAACUCUCGCCUUCGCCUCGAGUUUGUAUAUCUGAUACAACACGGCCGCUCAUGUUGUAAACAUUACAUACCUAAUUCAUAAACCGUAUAUGCGCACGAAGUCUCGCUCAUAGUCAUUGCAGUGAUAAAGAUUAAAGUUGAUUUAAAUAUUGAUGACUCACAGCGCGGCAUUAUACAAGUCGAAAGAAGCUGUAUUUUAAGCCGGGUUAUUCUUCAAAUAAAGCCCUGAAUGGGCAAUGGCAAUACCAAUGAAAGGUCUUUAUAAGAUUUAUAAUUAUCUUCUGUACAUGUAAAUUACUGUAAUACAUGAAAAAUGAAAUAAUUUACUGUAAAGUACAAUAACAGUGUCUGGUGCACUAUAGUGCAUAUAUCGUCCUAAAUAUUGAAGUUGCACCACACGCACGGAAACGCACGGAGGAGUCUUGGCGUUCCUGUGACAACAGAUAGCUAUACUUCGAGUCUUCGACAUAAUCAUUCUUGAUCGUUGAGUUUCAACAAUGUAAAUGAAAGGAAUUUUACAGUCCAUAACGGGUAUUAAUCCUGUACUUUCACAGUCAAGAUAGCACUAUUGUUUACACACAGUUGGCAAUGUUUGUGAAAUCAAAGGAUCAUCCCGUUAUAAAAUAAAUCCGUUGUUUUGAAUGUCGGACAGGAUACACUUCAACCACAAACAACCAUAUCGGUUGAUCGAUCAGUCGGUGUAGAAGACAUGCAUAUAUGUUUCUACGGCGGUGCGUGCUCAACUUCGCAAGCCAGGCGGGUGUGGAGUCCUUUCCUUGGAAGCGGAAAUAUAAUCCACCGCAACACUUAUUGCUGAUGACAUUCAGUAUAGCAGGAAGUCGUGUCAUGAUGAAUACGAAUUUAGAACAGUUCCUUUCACGAUUUCUUGUUGUGAAAUUACAUUUUUAUCACCCGAAACCAUAACACUUAAAAUUGCAAUUUUCCAAACGCAACAAACACACUCCACUACUACCCUUCCCUAAGAUCAAUUUCAAUUUACCACGCAAAAUCUGCGUGACACGUGACCAGCCCCAACCAGGGUCUUUCCUCCAAAAGAGGGAAGAGCCCGGAAACGAGGUUGAGUUAUGUAAACAAACCUGGGACCAUCUGGUUUGGGCAGGGGCGAAACUUGAGGGGGGUAUGGGGGCGUGUCGCCCCCCCAAAAUGCGAAUCAUCCCAAUUGGUAGGGCAAUCAAAAAUUUUAAAUGAUAGACUGUAGAGUUAUUAAGUAAAUUAUUACAGCUAGCAAACAAUAAGCAAUUCAUAUGCAUGUACAUUGGCAACGGCAGUUCAAUUACACACGUAGCUUAGUGAUGUAUUGUAUUAGCGCUGGCGCUGCAAGCUGCCGGGCAUCAUUGGUUUUGGCAGGGCAAUUCUGUCAGACACCCGCCCCUCCCCUAAUUAAAAGGGGCUAGUUUCGCCCAUGGGUUUGGGCAGUAAAUGAUUACGUUUCAUAAUGUAACUGACAAAUAUUUUUUGUUUAUAGUUUUGAUGAUAGGACGGCACUCCAUUGUGCUGUAGCGGCUGGAAAGCUUCCUGUUGUAGAAUUCUUGAUUGAGAAAUUCCCUGAUAUGAUCGACUGUACGACCGACUGUGGCGAAACGGCAGCGUGUGUUGCAACUGGGCUAGGCAAUGUAAAAAUCCUCAAAUAUCUUUUGAAUAAUGGAGCCCAAAUGAAAGGUGACAAAACAACCAGGAUUAAUAUUCUCGAUAGCGCAUUCGGAUCCUUUGAAAAGGCAGAAGGCACAAUCAAGGAAAUUAUCAGCUUUUGCAAGGAGGACGGCAAGCCAAAUAGACUUAAAGAGGUAAUAACAUAAACAUGACUAACAUGAAAGCAGGCAGUCGCAAUUUUAAUUAAAAGCCGAUUUAUAAUAUCUGAUUGGUUUGGAUAAACCGAAUAGACAGGAUAUACGUUAUGCUUACCGGUAACCUAUAGGGACCUUGGAUGUGAAUAAGCUGUUUUGUUAUAUGGCUGACAUAAAUCUUCGAUUCUGAUUGGCCAACGCGCGUAUGGUCAAAUUCAAUCCUUACCGGACCACAGCCGUUUCGCGGCCCAUGUAUACAACUCCCUAAUUAUAUAUUAUAUUAUAAUCGUUUUCCAUGCUCACUCGGAUAUUUGUAACAGCUAGGGGCUUGGAUUUCUAGAAAAAUUCGGAUGAGACUGCGAUUUUGUCAAAAUUUAAGCCGGAAAAUGGGAUCGCUUAUAUAACCCCCGCCCCUGGAACUCUCAUAGGGUGGCGUUGUUUCGACAGCUAGCCUGUUCCUAUACAUUAUAUUAAAUUCGUUUAGCUUCACACCGAUUAAUAAUCUUUAAUUUAAUUUAGUUGAUAGAGGAUUCUCAUUUUGGUGCCGAUCGUCUUAUGUCAAAGCUCAUUGAAGAUAUUCCAAGUGUUGCCAUGGAUAUCUUUGACCAGUGUGUUUAUGAGGAGACUAGUCUGGAAAAUCGGUCGUACGCAGAAAUGGUGGAAAAAACGAACGACACAUAUAACUUUUUCCCCUUCAAACCAAAAGACCCAACUAAGAGUAAGUAAAAUAUUACACACUUCCUGAAACCACGUCACCUUGGUUAUAGAGCCUCGUUUUCGUGUUAGGUUUCAACUAAUGUCACGUACACAAAAAACAACCUCGUGCACGAAAACGAGGUUCUAUAGUCGAUGUUACACACAUUCCGAGAGGAUGUGUUGAAUUCAGGUUGAAAAGAAAUUACUACCUAUUAUAUUUUCCUUCCAAGUUUUUAAUAAUUAGGUCUUCCUUUUUACGUGGAUUAGUUAGUUGUUGUGACUGCCUUGAUUCACAGGAACGGUGAUUCCUAACCAGUACGUUAACACGCAUUGCGUGGACACAUGCGGAGAAAUUUGAUUGGCUGUUUAAUUUAAAACUUUGGACACAAGAUUCUUCAGACAUUCCUGAAAAAAUAACCUACCAUGUUCAUAAGCCUUUUCGUAAUGUCGACCGUGCAUCAGAAAGACGUAUUCGAAUUUCGAGUCGGGAUAAGACUAAUUCCGAUUCAUAACAUCACCUUAAGGGGGCUCCCUACAGUAGCAUGCGGGAUAACCGUGCGACGCGUGGCAAGUACGUGGACUAUCACACGAAAACUCCACGAUCAAAACAAUACAAUAAUUGGCAGAGAUUUUUAAUCAUGCUGAUUCUGAAAGAUUUGUAAUGAAAAAACAUUUGUGAAUAAUUUUUCGUUUCGGGUAUCAAAUCAAUUUUGACAUUGAAGAACAGUUUUAUAUAUGCAGCAUUUUAGAGAAAACUGUUUUGACAGUCAUGCACAGCGAUGCAUACUCGAGGAGAUUCAGAUUUUGAGUUAUCCUCUACCUCUACUAUCCAAGCUCGUGGUUGGUUGAUUAUAACAAUCAAAGACAAUAAUACUAUAGAAAUCGUCUUUCUAUAAAGAACGAGUCACAAACAAUGAUAAUUUUUGUUUCUGAUUUGUUUCUGAAAGCCAAUCACAAAACAUGAUCAUUUCAGGUAGGUGUUUACCCCAAAUCUGACAUCCACUGCCGCUACUGAUACGUCUCCUGAUUCAGUAACAUCUGAUUGGUUAAUCGGGUAGAUCUAACCCGUCUGACUGUUAUAACUGGUAAUUCAUGCAUGGUCUCUUAAUAAAGGACUAUUCUAAAUGGUUCAUGGUCCAUUAAUAAAUAGCUGUUCUAAAUGGUUCAUGUUCCCUAAAAGGGUCCCAUAAACCAUCACAAAAUAUCUUUCUCUUGUCAAUGUCUUUAACGAGACUUUUGUUAGCAAAACUGUAGUGGUUUCUGCAUUGUAAGACAGAGAAGCGGCUUUCUUAUGUAACACUAUUAUUUAUGCAUUUGUCAGAUUAUAAUACAUUUUACUUUUUAAUCAAUUAAUAAUUUGUGUGAUUUGCAAGCACUUUUUAAGGACUUUUAACAGAUUUUGUAUUUUCAAGGAGUUUUAAAAUCCCGUUAAAAAAUUCGAAAAAUUUAAGAGGAGAAUUUUUUCUAUGUCGCGUCUUUUCGAUGAAAAGCGCUCAAAACCUACGCAAUGCAAAAAAUGACGUUGUCGCGUACGCGUCAGCUGUAUGGCGUUUACAAAAUAGCAAAAAAGUUAAAACUUUUGAGAAAAUCAGCUGAAAAGCCGUUCAAAUCUGCUAUAUUUUCAGGUAAGUGCUUUUAACUACUCUAGAAAUAUAAAGAAUAUAUCGUUUUGUCUUUCGUAAAAUUGGUGUAAUUGGUAAUAAAUAUUGUUCUGAUUUUUUGUAACUUCCGGUGUUAUGAAAACAAGAAAGCCAUUCAAAGUCAGUCAAAAUAUGUCGUAAUUUUAUGCAAUUUAAAGAGAUGUAAAACUAGUCUUUUUUAAAACGAAGAUCUAAAAAUGAUGCGAAAAAUAUUACUCUCCGGUGUUUCUUGUUGCUAUCUUGGCCAGACUCUUUCGAUUCGCAGCUUUCAUAUAUUUAUUUUAGCUGUAGCGCGUUUCGUCCUAAACUCUAAAGGCUAAAAACCUGACAUCGACGAGGUUUUAGAUCUGCUUUCGUCUUCAUACAAUUUUAACUCAAGGACAUUUGUAAAAGCAAAUUCGUGCAGCCAAUAAGGCAAUAGUAAACUAUAUAAUCAACAUAUAUAAACAAUGUUUGAACAUUUAGACUAUACAUGUAAAUAUGUUAUUACUUUCCCUUCAAUUCAGAUACGUAAUUUAGCAAGAAUGACUACUAGGCCUACAGAUGUGAACGAGAAGGUAUAUUUAUCUAUGAGCAACUUUUAUUUUGCUGUUUAAGUUGGUGAAAAUCUCGCUGGUCAUGCAACAUUUAUAUAUUUCCGAACUAAACUGCACAUUUUUUCACAAAUUAUUACUCUUAUCUUGACUUGCAGAGCAUUCAAACUCUGAGAGCACUCUACGGCAAAAAUAAGCCCUCAUUGAAAAAGAUUCAAGCAACUGAAAUGUUUAUGAAAGGGGAGAAUUCUUUUCUGGUAAUUGCGAGAGUCCUGAACGUUGCUACUGCCACAGCAGAAGUAUAUGCAAUCGACGGAUAUUGUUCUGGUGCCCCAUUAUCUUACCAAGACCUGGCACCACAAUUUAAUUUAAAUAAUGAAGAAGCAGAUAUUAUUGCUGCUGAGCUACGGAGAGACAACGUUAGCUUAAGAAUCGUGCGAGAUGCACUUCAAAAUGCUUUCAGUUACAACCAAAUUAGGCUUGUGCUAGCUGCAUUGAUUCGCGGGGAAAUAUGA